AGGCGGAGGGAGCCGCGGGCGCCAGGCGCGGGUGCGGCAGCUACUCCCCCUCCAGCCUCUGGCCCCGAGCGUCGCCCCCGCCCCCCACGUGGCCGCCGCCGUCCCAGCCCCUCCGAGGAAGCGGCGCGGCUUCCUGCAGCUUGGGCUGGGGAUAUAGGCGCCCCCACACCCGGGCCCGGCUCAGCGCAGCCGCCGCUCCUCGCCUCCUAGCUGCACGAUGGCCUGGCUCCGGGUGGAGCGCGCCGGCGGCCCGUGGCUCCCUAGGACCCGCGCCGGGCGGCCGGCAGCGCUCCGCCUCCUCCUCCUACUGGGCGCUGUCCUGAAGCCCCAUGAGGCCCUGGCUCAGCCUCUUCCCACCACAGGCACAACGGGGUCAGAAGAGGGGACGGUGAAGAACUAUGAGACAGCUGUCCAAUGUUGCUGGAAUCAUUAUAAGGAUCAAAUGGAUUCUAUCGAAAAGGAUUGGUGCGACUGGGCCAUGAUUAGCAGGCCUUAUAGCACCCUGCGAGAUUGCCUGGAGCACUUUGCGGAGUUGUUUGACCUGGGCUUCCCCAAUCCCUUGGCAGAGAGGAUCAUCUUUGAGACUCACCAGAUCCACUUUGCCAACUGCUCCCUGGUGCAACCCACCUUCUCCGACCCCCCAGAGGAUGUACUCCUGGCCAUGAUCAUAGCCCCCAUCUGCCUCAUCCCCUUCCUUAUCACUCUUGUAGUAUGGAGGAGUAAAGACAGUGAGGCCCAGGCCUAGGGAGCCAUGAGCUUCUCUACAACCACCUUACUCCACUUCCCCACCCCAGCCAGGCCUCCCUCCUCUCCUCUUACUCCCUUUUCUCAUUCUCAUCCCCACCACAGAUCCCUGGAUUGCUGGGAAUGGAAGCCGGGUGGGGUCAUGGCACAAGUUCUGUAAUCUUCAAAAUAAAACUUUUUUUGUACAAUG